CCUGAACUGAUGAGAUUCCAACAUUAAUAUCGCGGUGUUUUAUAGGACAUAGGUCGCGAUGGGCUGCCUCUUAGGACCACACAUCUUUCAUGCUUCUUUAUGCAGGCCACACGACUUGUCUGUUUUAUCACAGUUUCUUGCGGUGAGCUACAACUCUAGUGACGACAGUUGCUGGGUUUCACUUACUGACUAUUAGAUUAAAGACAGCCGCUGCGUAAAACAUUAUGACCUCGCGGACUUGCCGUAGCAUGCCGUCUUCUUUCCGGUGGGGCAGCUGUUGCCAUGGUGACUCCAUGUACAAGUUAUCGGUAGUGGCAGCUAACUGAGCUUCAAACUGCAGACACACCUUGAAGCACAAGACCAACAUAGACUAAAAAUUAAAAACAAACAAACAAAAAAAACACGGGGAAAAAAUGGCGUCUUGCCUGGUCCCCGAUUCCCCGGCCGUUAUGGUGGCCCUCGAGCAUUUGAAGGAGCUGGACAAGCAGCUCAAAGAGGAAGGGAUACCAUUCUCACCUGAAGCCAGCCUCCACCUGACGGGGAUAACAUCUGCUAUCACUGAACUGGAGGCGGACCGCCGUGCAGCUUAUGAACAUUUAGAAGUGGAAACCAUAGAAAACAGCAAGCUAAGACACCAAAUCAACAAUAUAAGAGAUAGAAUGAGCCAGAAUAUUAUGGCUGAUGUUGCAGCAGCCCGGGCAUCUAAAGCUGAGGAGAUAGAGCAGCUGCACAAAAACCUCCACACAGUUUCUCAGCUUCAAGAAGCCACUGAGAAGAGGCAGGAAGCCUUCUUGAGCCAGAACAAAGUACUGCAUCCAGAGCGAGAACAGAUGACGGCUGAACAUGAAGAGAUCAUUGCUGCUCAGAAUGAGCAAAUCACCUUAAAGUAUGGCUUACAGAUGCAGCUGGAUCAGUCUCGGCAUCAGACAGAGGACCUGAAGUCCUGCAUUGCUGCUGUCGAAGAGGAUAAAUUAACACUGCAGCAAAAGAUGGUGUUGGAGAGAGAGACUUUCACUGUGAAAAAAGACAGCCUGUCCAGAGAGGUGGACCAGGCCAAGGAGAAAAUUACGCAGCAGAAGCAAGCGAUCAGGAGGAGCAGAAAAGAGUUAGACAGACUUAAUGACAGGAAACGAGAAACCAGUGACCAUCUGGGUGAGCUCAUGAUUGUCAUGACUAAGUUGGAGAGCAAUAUACAAAAACUGGCAGCAUCUCGGUGCCAGUAUGAGAAACAGCUACAGGGGGAGAAUCAACAGAGAGAAAUGCUGAAAAAGGAGUUGUGUGAAUUAGGGGAAGCCUUGAGUGUUGCUGUCCAGCAUCUUAAAGAGGAAAUUGUAACACUGGAGGGUAAAAUAGAGGAGGGACGAACAUCAAGACUAGUCUGUCUGGACACCCUGGCUCAGAUCUAUGAGAUAUUCAAGCAACAGCAAGAUGAAGAGAAUGAAGUUAGGGCAGAGCAUUCCCACAUCUCACAGCAGCUGGAGCGAUCCAAGCUGCAGCUGGAGGAGUGUGUUUCCUCCAUAGUCAAACACAGUAAGGAGAUCAAAGAGAUGGACAAGCAGAAUAAAGAACUCCUGGAAGUUGACACCAUCACAAAGCGUGUGUUUCAGAGGAAUCAGGAGGAGCUGUGCGAUAACAUGGAUACAGAGAAGAAGAACAUUAGCGAUUUUGAGGAGGAGAAGAGGUGGCUAACAAGGCUUUUGGAGGAGGAGAAGAGGAAGCAGGAGGAGCACGUGGCAAAGAUGACCUCUGAAAUCAGCAUUACCUGGAGGAGAUACGAGGAACUUCGACAAGAGGAAGCCGCACUCCAAAAGCGUCAGCCCAAGAGCACAAGUGCUGACUUGCUGAUGAGCCAUGUGACCCAGUGUGAGGUGGAGUUCAGACAAAGAGAGACUAAACACCAUGAGGAAAUGGAUCAGUGCAUUGCAGAGACCGAGAGCAUCAUGAGGAGCUACGAGGUGAAGCAGAGGGAGGUGGAGGACAAAGAGGAGAUGCUGAAGGAGGUGGAAGCAAAGUGGAAUGAAGAGCAAUCCAGGCACCAGAGACUGACAACGCUGACCUACGAGCUGAGGACGACGAGGGAGGAUCUGGAGCUGCGGAUUCAGGGGCUAAAGGAGAAAACUGUCUCUCUGCUUCAGCCCAUAGAGGAAAUGAAGGCUGAGCUGGAGGACAUGCGAGGAUGUUACAUGGACUUGCUAGACAAACAGGCCUCAGAGCUGAGAACUGUAGAGAUGAGCAUCUAUGACAAUAGCAUGAAACCGGAGCAGGUCAGCAUGGAGAACAGCAGGCUGCAUCUACAUAUCACACAGAUGACAGAGGAUGUUAGCAGAGCCAGGAGGAACAAAGACAGAUACUGGCAGGAGGUUCACCAGUUCAGGAAGGACAUAAAGGUCUUAUUUGAGAGCUUACAGGAAGCAUGGAAAGAGGAUUCAUUGGUAACUCAGGACUGUAAGAGCAGAGAUAGUGUUCUGUUGGUGUCGUUUAGGGCCAUGAUGAAUGACCUGCAGACCAGGAGACUACAGUUAGAAAAAGUCAGCACACUCCUUCUCCAACAAAUGUUAAACUUCAGCAAACGACUGGGGGAUAAAACAACUAAAGAACAGCAGUGCUGAGUUGAACUGUUGUGUCUAUGGGAAUGUAAUGCAUGGAUAAAGUUUAUAUGAAUUUGUAAUAACAAAAAAGAAAUAAAGCUCACAGCAACAACAAGAUGGUAUAAAGUGAUGUCU